GCUGUUCACGUGUUGGGUAACAGAUUCAAGCUGUCACUCCUCCUCCCCUCUGUCGGUUACAUGAUAUAACCGAAACCUCUGGACCUCCAGCAGCACGUAAACCCGCCGUGGUUGUCAGCUGCAGAAACCGACGUCCCGCCCAUAAACGGUAAAUAUGCUGCCUGACAAAGUUCCUGACACCCCUGUGGAAGUCAUAGUGGAUCUGUUGACAAAGGCUAAGGGCAUAGCUUCAGCAUGUGCCACCGUUCCAGAGGAACUGAAAAGCCACCUGCAGAAGGCUCUCGACAUUGCCAGUGGACUGGAUAACUACCUGGAGAAAAUUACCACCAAAGAGAGCAAACCUCUGGCGGAGCUGUAUAAGAAGACCAUGUCUCACAACUGGGACCAAGUGUUUGAGGAGGGCAAGACUAAGUUCCGGCUUCCAAAGGAGUGCAUCACUGGCCAUGUUGAGGGUCAGACCCUUCAGAUGCUGAUCCACAUGAGUCAAGCCAAGAGGGUCCUGGAGAUUGGGAUGUUCACUGGUUAUGGAGCUCUGUCCAUGGCAGAGGGGCUUCCAGAAGAUGGCUGCCUGGUGGCCUGUGAGCUAGAACCGUACCUUAAAGAGUUCUCUCAGCCCAUCUUUGAGAAGUCUCCACAUGGUAAAAAGAUAACUGUCAAGAUUGGAUCUGCCAUGGAGACCCUUAAGGUGAGAGACAGUUGGUGUCAGAGUGAUCUAAGUAACAUCUCCCAUUGACUUCCUGAAGGAUGGCAUUAAUAUACUACAGACCUUAAAGGGGUCCCACUGGUCUGCAUGCAGAUGACUCUAUUUGCGAUUUGUAUGAUUUGUGGACACAACAAUGUUUCUAUCACUGGUCAUGUGAAGGAAAAGUUAAGUACGUUGCUGGUACCAUACAAUGAUUGUGGUAGGGGUUUGUCCCACAAUCAGCGGUGUCUUGAGCAAGACACUUCACCUGCCUUGCCUGCUGGUGGUGGUCAGAAGGCCCAGUGGCAGCAGUGCUCUGUCAGACUGCCCCUACAAUGUAAUACUCACCACUGUCUGUGUGAAUGUCUGCAUGGAUGUGUGAAUGACUGAAUGUAGUGUGAAGCGCUUUGGUGUCCUCUGGACUUGGUAAACGCAACACAAGUACAGGCUAUUUACCAUAGGACUUAACAGGAAAAGUAGCAUCCAAGUGUUCAUCAACACACAUGACCACCUUU